UGUUUUCUAUGACAUAACCAUCCUCCUGCAUUGUUUCUCUACACCUGUAACUACGAUCUCCAAACUCCUCAGAGCAUCUACUGUAUUUCGGAAAGAUGAAAGAAUAAAAAUAUAUAUUUUGGUUCAGUACUUUUUGUUGCUUUAAAAAUAUUCUUUUCUUUCGCAAGGUUAGAGGUUCUACCGUAAUUACGCCACAACUUGUUAGAAAGAGAAGGCCUGAGAUGCAGCAUUGUUCAACGAAGUACCAGAGCAGCGAGUGAAGUUUUGGGAAAUUUUUUUUUUUCCAAGAUCUGAAGUAAUUACGAGAUAGAUAAACAUGUUUAAGUCAUGGAACAAGAAAAACAAGAUCAAAGCCGUCUUCAAAUUGCAGUUUCAUGUUACUCAGGUGCCCAAAUUGAAAAAACCUGCAGUGAUGAUAUCAUUGGUGCCGGAGGAUGUUGGAAAGCCGUCGGUGAAGUUGGAGAAAGUUGCAGUUCAGGAUGGAACCUGUACAUGGGAGAAUCCUGUGUAUGAACCAGUGAAACUAAUCAUGGAGACAAAAACAGGAAAAAUCAACGAGAAAAUUUACCACUUUAUUGUUUCAACUGGGUCAUCAAAAUCUGGCUACCUGGGAGAAGCUUCAAUCGAUUUUGCUGAUUUUGCGGCGGAAACUGAACCAUUCACCGUCUCUCUGCCUCUUAAAUUUGCAAAUUCUGGUGCAGUGUUGCAUGUGACGAUUCAGAGGAUGCUGGGAGCUGAUGAUGGAAGAGAAGAAAAUGGAGCACCUAUGCUUCUCAAGAAUGGAAGCUUGGAGAGCCAAGAUGGCACGUGGGGUACAGAUGAAAACAACGGGAGUUUUAGUGAAGAUGGAAACAUAUUAUUACAAAAAGAAGAGUAUGAAAACUAUCACGAAAUGACAACUGUGGAGCAGGAUGCUGCCAACUUCCUCUCACCCUUCAAAACAAAACCCAUGCUUCAGAAAGGAGCGGCUGAUGCCUCAGUGACAAAUAAUAAGAUUCAAAAUAGACGCAAGUUGAACUGGUCAGUAGAUUCCGCUUCAGAUGACAGCUUACUUGAAUCACCGAGCAGUCUUGAAGACAACAAUCCAAGAGAACGGUUGAGAGAGGCUUCAGAUGAUUCCACUAUAAAACUCCAAAAUGAAAUUACUAUACUGAUGAGGCAGGCUGAACUUUCAGAACUUGAAAUACAGUCUCUUCGCAGACAUAUUGAGAAGGAGACCAAACAAGGACAGAAUCUAUCAAGACAAAUUAGUAGUCUCAAAGAGGAGAGAGACCAAUUCAAAUUGGACUGUGAACAACUUAGGUCAUUGCAGAAGACUACUGAUGAGACGGAGGCUCCCAAAAAACUGCAAGCUGCGAUCAAGGAUUUGAGAGCUCAGUUAGAAGCAAUAAGGGAGGAGCUUAAUCAAGAAAAGAAACUAAGUGACAAUCUUCAGUUGCAACUGCAGGAGACACAAGACUCAAACUCUGAGUUGAUCCUGGUGGUGAAGGAUCUCGAAGAUUUGGUGGAGCGAAAAAACAAUGAAAUAUCUGAUCUCAAAAGGAAGGUAGAAAAUGCAAAAACUGCCUACCAACAAUCGCAAGAAGAAUAUGCUAAGAGGCAAAAUGAGGCUGAAGAAGUAGAGCUUUUAGAGGCUAAGAUCAGAGGUUUGCAUAGUGAAAUAGAGACGUACAUGGAGGAGAUGGAAAAGCAAAACAUGCGGAUAAAACAGAUUACUUUGAACUAUGACCUUUUGAAGCAAGAUAACUUUGACAUGUCUUUGAAGUUGAAGCGAAAUCAAGACGAGCAAAUGAAACGGGAAAAUGAAUGUGCAGAUUAUAUAGCAACCAUAAAUGAGCUUGAAUCUCAGGUGGAGAGAUUAGAAGAAACAAUCAAGAAGCAAGCACGAGAAUUUGCAGAAGCUUUGAUCUCUAUCAAUGAACUUGAAGGUCAAGUCAAAGCUUUGGAAAAGGAGCUGGAACAGCAGGCCAAGGGAUUUGAAGAUGACAUGAAUGCCAUCAAACGUGCCAAAGUUGAGCAAGAACAGAGAGCAAUCCAAGCAGAGGAGGCCUUGAAGAGUACAAGGCUGAAUAAUACGAUUAAAGCUGAGCGACUUCAGGAGGAAUUCAGAAGUUUUUCCUUGGAAAUGUCAUUAAAGGUUGAUGAGAAUGAGAAGCAGGCUACCCAAGCAGAGACUGAAGCUAGUGAACUCCGUCUACAGAACAGAAUUUUGGAAGGAAAGCUCCUGAAAGCCACAAAAGAGCUGGAGCUGUUUAAGGACCAGGAAAAAGUGAAAUUACAAGAGCUUGUGAACAAAAUAGAUCUUAAAGAUAAAGAGAUAGGACAUGUUUCUUUGGAGCUAAACAAUAAGUCUCAGCAACUCAAAUCUGCUCAAAAGCACAAGGAAGAAAAGCAUGAAGCUUUCUUAACAGAACUUCAAAUGCUUAGAGCAGAAAUCGAAAGGCUCAACAAAGAGAAGUCCAAUGUUGUUGAAGAGGAAGACGAAAAAGUAAGAUUGAGAGAUGAAACUGAACGAAUGAAGAAAGCUGUUUUCGAAAAAGAGAGGCUGACACAGAGAUUGAACAAAGAAAAGGAAAACUUGGAGGCAAAAUUUGCUUUAGCAAAGCAGGGAGCAAGGAAAGAGUUUAAAAAUUCCCAUGCCAGUGAACAGUGUAACAUGUCGGACUUGCUGACAGAAGUUGCAUCACUGAGCGAGAAGAACAAAUCCAUGGAGAAAGAACUGAAGGAAAUGGAAGGAAGAUAUUCAGAGAUAAGUCUACGAUUUGCCGAGGUAGAAGGUGAAAGGCAGCAACUUGUAAUGACUGUGCGUAACCUCAAGAAUGGAAAGAAGAACUAGAAUACAAGCAUUCUCUGCAGCUUCAAAUUGCAUUACUGGAAAUGGUUCAUGGUGAAGCCCCCUAAUAUCUAGUCCUAAUGUGGAGAAAAAAAAAUGUAUUGACCAAUGAUUUUCUUCCUCGUCUUUGUAGUUCAUAUUAGGAAAAUACAGUUACAGUGUUUUUAACCAAUUAUUGCUAAAAUACCAAGAUCUAGAUCUAGGAUAGUGUCAAUUGUUCUUGUCAUAAAUGUUGAAUCAAUCAUUAUUAU